GUGGGGUGCCUCGCCAAAAACUGCCCCUUUCUCAUCUCAGCGCGUCAUCCUCGCCGAAGCAUUUCGUCGAGCGAGGGCCGCGCGCCGCCCAAAACCCCACAUCCCAAAUCAAAACCCUACGCUCCGCCGCCGCGCCAUGCUCCACUCCGGCCUCUCCAAGUCCCAGCCCCUACCGCUCCUCGCGGGAGCGUCUUCGCCUCGCCGCGCCCUCCUCGCCGGUCUCCUCCGCGCCGGGUACUUCUCUAAGUCCGCUACCUCCUCACCUGCGCUUCGUCCGUCCGCCACCCGUGCGAGCACCAGGGCGGCGACUACGCCGCGAGAUCCCUCGCGCUUCGGCCUGGUACAUAGGGUCUCGUUCUCCACUGCACCAGAUGGUUCUGAUUCGGUCGGCAGCGGCGGGAGGUCGCUCCCUUGGCUAGCCGCCGGGAGCGUCGAUAGCGGCGUCCCCACCGCAAGGACUAGCGCCGGACGCUCCUCCUCGUGGGAGAGCUCCGCUGAUAAGUUCUUCUCUAAAGGCGACCACAGUGCGCGAGUAGAGACAUUGGAAGAUAGCGUUUCAUACAAGGAGGGGGGAAUUGGAGGGGAGGAGAAUGAACCAAUUGACAAUCCCAAGUGGGGGCGGAUUAAGGAUAAGUUCCGGCGAAACGCGGCAACGGAUGAAGGGUCCCGUGACCGUGCUGAGAGGUUUGAAAAACCGGAUGUGAGGCGGUGGAACAAGCAAGAGGACCGUGGUGAGAGGUUUGACAAACCGGAUGUGAGGCGGUGGAGCAAGCAAGAGGACCGUGGUGAGAGGUUUGACAAGCCGGAUGUGAGGCGGUGGAACAAGCAAGAGGACUGGGGCAGGAAGACAUGGAAGGAGGUGGGGGAAUCGACAGUGCCAAAGAUGGUUGGGGAGGGGGUUUAUGGCGUUGGGCCGGUACUUGCGGCUCUCACGGCUGGGAGGAGGGAGUUUUAUGCAUUGUACACACAGGAAGGAAUGGAUUUGAGUAGGAGCAACAAGAAGAAGAAGGACAAAAGGGGGAUUGAGAAGGUGCUGCUGAUGGCAGAAACUAUCGGGCUUAAAGUUAUUGAGGCGUCAAAGCAUGACCUCAACAUGGUGGUGGAUAACCGUCCACAUCAAGGUCUGGUGCUUGAUGCAUCACCCUUGGAAAUGGUGAAUACUAAGGAGUUGGAACGAGUCAGGGUUCAUGGUGGCAAGGCACCGGUCUGGAUAGCUUUGGAUGAGGUUAUGGACCCUCAGAAUUUGGGAGCCAUAAUUAGAUCAGCCUACUUCUUUGGUGCAGAGGGUGUUGUCUUGUGCGCUAAGAACUCUGCUCCAUUAAGUGGAGUAGUGAGCAAAGCUAGUGCAGGCUCGCUUGAGUUGAUUGAGCUGCUUUCGUGUAGGAACAUGAUGCAGUUUCUGUCUUCAUCAGCUGAAAAUGGGUGGCGAGUUCUUGGUGGUACCGUCACUCCAAAAGCUAUACCUCUCUCUGAAGUUACCACAGGGGAGCCAACAAUUCUGGUGUUGGGCAGUGAAGGCACUGGUCUGAGGCCCCUGGUUGAACGGUCCUGCACACAUUUGGUCAAAAUUGCUGGUAAUGCUGAUGGAUUUGUUGUAGAAGAAGAAAUAGAUGCCACAGAUGCAGAUAUAGGGGAAGAAGGUGAUAAUUAUUCAGGUAGUCAAGAUAUGAAAUCAUUCCUUGCAGUAGAGAGCUUAAAUGUUAGUGUGGCAGCAGGAGUUUUGCUUUAUCAUCUGGCUGGAAAGAAUGUCCACCCUGUAACUGAGAAGCCUAGCAUCUCUCCUGUGUAAGGAUGUUCCAUGUUUCAUCCAUACCAUAGUUAUUAAUAUUUGUUUUCUUGUACUCCCAUUAAGGAUGAACUUUUGUUUC